AGGUUUUGUGUAUCUUUGUGUCUGAGAGAGAGAGAGAGAAGAGAAGAGAAUAAAAGAAACCGACAACAGAGAAAUGAGGAAUUCAAACAAAAACAGAAAAACACGAAGGAGCAAUUUCGUCCUGUGAAGUCCCAAAGAACUUGGUGGCAGAAAACCUAUUAUCAUGACGAGAACAACAAUAACAGCAACGACUAGAAAUAGUAGCAGAGGUAGCAAAUAAUUAUAAACGAUGAUUUAAUUGUCAAUAUAAUGUAUGAAAGACGAAGCAAGAAGAAAAAAACUUUUCCCUGCCCUCCCUCACAAUGCAAGACUUUAUUUCUGACAGGACCAUAACAUUAACAACAGAAGAAAAAAAAAUCUUUUUUUUGUCGCAAGGCUGACCAUAUGAACAUUUGUUAAAUUUAAAUGAAUGGAUAUCUCGCAUAAUGUAAUCAGAUGAUAUAUUUUAUUUAAUAUCCUAUAUAAGUUCGAGGUUAAUUCGAAUACAUAGAGGGGAGUAAACGAAAGAGAAAAAAAAACAGGCGAAGAUUAAUUAAAAACAAUAAUCCAAAAAAUAUCCUUUGGAGCUUAUACAUAAAACGAAACAGCGUUUUACUGUCUUGGGAAUUUUCUAUUUAAAGAAAAACCAUAUAUUUACAAGGAAAUUAACCGUACACAGAAGAUCAGACAUACAAACUCCACUAUGAUCGACUGGGAUUUCGUGAAGGAAAUUAUUCUAACCAUUUUGGCUUUUUAUUAUUACUUACUGGAUGGAAUUAUACGGGCCAUCCUGCCGGGAUGUUUUUAUGCGAAGGAUGUUGCAGGGGAGACGGUUCUUAUUACUGGAUCAGGAAGCGGAAUCGGCCGUGAGCUAGCCCUUCGGUUUGCCAAACUCGGCUGUCGAAUGGUCCUCUGGGAUGUUAAUGUUCCAGGCAAUGAUGCAACUGCCAAAGCCAUCAAAGAACUUGGUGGUAGCUGUUACCAGUAUAAAGUGGAUCUCGGUAACAAAGACGAGAUUUAUGAAACGGCUCGAAAGGUGAACGAAGAUAUUGGAAUGGUUCAUAUACUAAUAAACAAUGCUGGCAUUGUGACUGGUCGAAAAUUUUUGGAGUGUCCUGAUGAAUUGAUAGAAAAGACUAUUGAUGUCAAUACAAUGGCACACUUCUGGACUGUGAAAGCAUUUCUACCAGCCAUGAUCAAAGAAAACCAUGGACAUGUUGUAACUGUAGCGAGUGCAGCGGGUCUCCUUGGUGUCAAUAGCCUUACUGAUUAUUGUGCCAGCAAGUUUGCAGUGGUAGGAUUUGAAGAGAGUCUUCGAUUCGAACUUGAAGUAUUAGGCAAAGAUGGUGUUCACACAACAGUGGUCUGCCCUUUCUAUAUAAACACAGGCAUGUUCAAUGGUGUCAAAGUUCGAUUUCCUUACCUGAUGCCUAUAUUGGAACCAGGAUAUGUAUCAGAUAAAAUUGUUGAGGCUGUACGUUGUAACACUCAUAUUUUAUACAUCCCACGGUUGCUCUAUUACACACUUGGACUAAAAGGAAUAUUGCCACACAAAUGCAUAUCCCUGCUUGCUCGUUUCUUUGGAGUAUCUACAGACAUGGAAAAAUUCAAGGGUAAACUGGGACAAAAGAAAGAAUGAUCUUUCUGAGUUUAUUCACAGGUACUUGCCGGUGAGAUGUAUGUCAGUGGUUUGUAACUUCUUUGCUACCACUCAAAGUAUGGAGACAUUUAUUGGCCGACAAAAACAAGAAUGAAUCUUCUCCAUACACUCACACUACCACAUUUACAUGCAUACACAGAGAAACACAUAUACAAAUAUAUACAUGCACACAAAUAAGUAUCUAUAGGCUUAUUAAUUAAUUCAGAGGCAGACACUUGCUCUGAUAAAAAUGUAUAAACGCACAGUGCACAGGAAUACACACACUCACACAUAUAUAUUCAAACAUACAUACAUACAUUAUCAAAUGAAAUGUCAUCUUGGACUAAAGUCUGAAUACAAAAACGAAAUUUAAGAUUUUUUCUCAAUUUUUUUUUAUUAAGUAUAGAAAUCAGUUAUCUACUAGCUACUUGCGCAAGUAAGAAAACUUAUAUUAUGUAUUAUUGUAUAUGAAUGAUAAAAUAUUACUUCAUAAUUUCUUGUUUAUUUGAGAUUUAAGCUAUCAUAGUAGAUGUCAGUGUUUUAUUAAAAUAAGGAGCUAUCAUUUGAAAUAAGGGCUUAGAUUCUUCCUUUGCCUAGCAAUGGACUCCCAUACAGGAAGAUAUCAGCACAGCUAAAAGUAUCAGUUGACGAUGUCCAGAAAGCUUAUUGUCAUUUUCAUUUGAUAGAUGUGCACAAAUGACAUGGAAUGUCAGGUAAACCUUGUACCAAAAUCUUCAAACCAAAUGUGUGAUUGAUUGUCUUUGUGUUGCAUCGCCAUUUACAGGGAAGAAUUCUAUGUUAAGACUAUAAGUUGUUGAUUGCUGGAAGACUUAAAUAAUUGCUUUAAGUACAGCAAAAUAAAUAAGGCUUUCACAGAAGACAUCUAGGAUUAUCUGUGCUUCUGCAGUGAUAAUAAAAACUGGACUAAUGUGGGCUGGUUAAAUGUAAUGUUUAUGACAAAACAGCCAUUAAAGAUUUACAUCUAAAACUCCUUUUGUUUGUCAUCCAUCAAACUCAAAGUACAAUCUUAUGUAUAUAUUCUCGUAUGAGUCAAGCAAUGGCCAUCCAUUAUGAUAUGGGUGGUGGUGGUGGGAGGGUUAUUUCUUCAAAGGGCAGCACUGGUAUUUGGAUAAUAUCCCACAAUAUUAAUUCUGAAACUUACCUAGAUGUUCCACUGAAGCUGUUCCUUAUUCAUAUAAGCAUCCUUAAUUGCAAUAUAUUCCAACAUGGAUUUUCUACAUAUAUCCAAAGAAUAGCUUAGUGCUAGCUAAUGAGAUUACUGUAUUGGGUAAAUGACCGGCAUAAUCUUUUGGUCUGAACCCUAAAGAAAAUCUGCAGGAUUAUAUUGAGAACAAAAUUUGAAACAGAAAAUGUUUAAUAAUUUUCCAAUUUAAAAGAUACUGCAUGGGAAAAUAACUAGAGAUUACUAUAAAAAAAUUUGGUUAAAAGCAUGUCUAACCAUGUCACUGCUGUAUUAGAGGUUAGGUGAUUAUAAUACCAAAUAUUUAGUUGUAUAACAUUGAUAUUUCCUUUUGUAAGCAUACAGGGAAGUAGGAAAAACGCCUAGGGUAGAGAAAGAUAGACCACCUGUCCAACUUCAGAAAUCUCUCUUUUGUUAGUCAUUAUGUUAUCUGAUUAUAUUACUAAAUGCAUUCCUUAUUUUUCUUCUUUUUUUAUUUACAUCAUCAAUUACAUUUUAAAACUUUUUUUUGUCAAUGUAUUCAGACUUUUCAAUGAGACUAUAUUGAUAAUAAAUGAUUCACACAUACACAUAUAAAUGAUACAUAUACACACACAGCCUUGCACAUCAUUGAUAUAAACAUUGGUGAGUGAACAAGAACAAGCUUCACUAAAAGUCAGCUGAAAAUAUGCAUACAUAAAUAAAUUAAUUUCUAAAUUAAAUUA